AUGUUUUUGAAAGUUUGUUUUAUUUCUCAUUGUGGUUUAUUCUUACAGCCAGUGCAUUAUGAAGAAAAGAACUGGUGUACAGAACAAUAUUCUGGAGGCUGUUAUACAGCAUAUUUUCCACCAGGCAUUAUGUCCCAAUAUGGAAGAAUAAUACGUGAGCCCGCUGGCAGAAUCUACUUUGCUGGCACUGAGACAGCAACCCAGUGGAGUGGCUAUAUGGAAGGAGCUGUGCAGGCUGGAGAGAGAGCUGCUAGAGAGAUAUUGCAUAGCAUGGGAAAAAUUUCAAAGAAUGAAAUUUGGGUAACAGAAUCAGAAUCAAAGGCAAGUGUGCUGAUAAAUGAUCUUCUUAGAACUCUGAAUACUUGUCUAUAUAUUGCCUGUGUACUUGACUGUAUCACUCUCCUGUUUUGGGCCUAA